GCCACGGGCUGGACUCUGGGCCAACGAGGUGUGGCGGAGCUCAGCUGCAGAGGGAGGCAGCACAGACAUCUCUGAGCUCCAAGCUGUGAGCUGAGCUCUGAGCUCUGGGUUGAGACAGGAGGCAAGUGCCGGCCAGUCUGCGGCCCAGCAGCAGCAGCAACAGCAGCAGCAGCAGCAGCAGCAGCAGCAGCAGCAGCAGCAGCAGCAGCAGCAGCAGCAGCCAGGAGCUUGGGGAUGCUGGUGGAGCCAAGGAGGAGUGCUCACUCAACCCGACACUGCAUCCAGACUCUGGGUCCCUGAAGACUCAAGUUUGGAGAGGGGAAUCUCCCCAACUGAACUCAGGCACAAACUUUAGGGGACAGACUUUGUGGCUAGAGACCUGUGAUGAAGAUGCCCUUGUCCUCAGGAAGUUGGAGGUAGAGAGGUUCCUGGCAGGCUGUGGGAGAUCCCACUGCCUGGUUCCCACCAUGAGGGAUCUGCCAGCACUGUCUUGCCGCUGGGCCUGGCUACUCUGGUCCUUCAGCAGCUUUCAGAUGUGCGGAACCCAGCCCAGAUCCCAGGAGCACCCAGGGUUUGCGGUCUUGGCUUCUGCUUCUCAUUACUGGCCUUUGGAAAAUGUGGAUGGGAUUCUUGAACUUCAGGACACAACUGGAGCGUUGCGAACCCACAACCUCACUGUGCCUCCCUCCCACAAUGCUACCUUUGUCUUUACCAAUGACUCUGCCUACUCCAACUUCUCUGCGACCGUAGAUAUCAUGGAAGGGAAGGUCAGCAAAGGUAUUUACCUCAAGGAGGAGAAGGGGGUGACAUUCCUCUACUACGGCAGCUACAAGUCAUCCUGUAUCAGCAACCCGGCCCAGUGUGGACCUGAGGGAGUCACGUUUUCGUUUUUCUGGAAGACUCAAGGAGAGCAGCCUCGACCAGCCGCCUACGCUUAUGGGGGACAGGUCAUCUCUGAUGGCUUCAAAAUCUGCUCUAGUGGAGGGAAGGGCUCUGUGGAGCUGUACACGCGUGAUAAUUCCAUGACAUGGAAGGCCACCUUCAACCCUCCGGGUCCUUAUUGGACUCAUGUCCUGUUCACGUGGAAGCCCAAGGAGGGCCUAAAAGUCUAUGUCAAUGGAACUCUGAGCACCUCAGACCCGAGCGGCAAAGUGUCUCACACCUAUGGGGAUCCCCAUGUCAACCUGGUCAUAGGGUCGGAGCAGGACCAGACCAAGCAUUACGAGAAUGGAGCUUUCGAUGAGUUCAUCAUCUGGGAACGUGCACUCACUCCCGAUGAGAUCAACAUGUACUUCACGGCUGCUGUCGGUAAACACGCUCUAUUGUCUUCAACACCGCUGGCGAUGCCCACGGCACAUUCUGUGAUGCCCACAGAUGCCUACCACCCAAUCAUCACCAACCUGACAGAGGAGAGGAAAUGCUUCCAGAGACCUGGAUCGGUGCUGCGGUACCUUCAGAACGUGUCUCUCAGCUUGCCCAAUAAAUCCCUCUCGGAAGAAACCGCGCUGAAUCUCACACAGACCUUCUUAAGAACUGUGGGCGAGGUGCUUCUACUGCCCAGCUGGACCCAGGCAUCAGAGGACAACACCGUGACACUGGGCUUGGUCAACACCAUCGAUACCGUCAUGGGUCACAUCUCAUCCAACCUGCAGUCGAGAGAACCCCACGUCACCCUCACAGGCUCUUCCUCCAUGGCAGAUUUCUCCGUGGCCAAGGUCCUUCCCCCAGCACUGAGUGCCCCCCACUACAGAUUCCCAGCCCAUGGGCACAGUUACAUUGAGAUUCCGAGAGAGGCCCUUCACGGCAAAGCCUGGACCACCAUUGUCGGCCUUCUCUACCACUCCCUGCACUAUUACCUGAACAACAUCCCCCCGGCCAGCACAAAGAUUCCCGAGGCUGUGAACUGCAGAGACUGCUUGCUGUCUGUCGCCAGCCGGCUGAUCUCCCUGGAGGUGUCCCCGCCGCCCACUCUGUCCCAGAACCUAUCGGGCUCUCCUCUGAUUACUGUCCACCUCAGGCACAAACUGACUCAUAAGCAGUAUGCUGAUGCCACCAACGAGAGCAACCGCCUCUUCCUGUAUUGCGCCUUCCUUAACUUCAGCUCCGGGGAAGGCGUCUGGUCAAGUCAGGGCUGUGCGCUCACAGAGGGAAACCUCACCCACUCAGUGUGCCACUGUACCCAUCUCACCAACUUUGCCAUCCUCAUGCAAGUGGUCCCACUGCAGCUCUCACGCGGACACCAGGUGGCGCUGUCGUCCAUCAGUUACGUUGGCUGCUCUCUGUCAGUCCUCUGCCUGGCUGCCACACUGGUCACCUUCGCAGUACUGUCUUCUGUCAGUACCAUUCGGAACCAGCGUUACCACAUCCAUGCCAACCUGUCCUUUGCUGUCCUGGUGGCCCAGGUCCUGCUGCUCAUCAGUUUCCGUAUGGAGCCUGGCACGGUCCCAUGCCAGGUGCUGGCUGUCCUCCUGCACUACUUCUUCCUGAGUGCCUUUGCUUGGAUGAUGGUGGAGGGCCUGCAUCUCUACAGUAUGGUGAUCAAGGUCUUCGGGUCAGAGGACAGCAAGCAUCUCUACUACUAUGGGAUAGGCUGGGGGUGCCCGCUCCUCAUCUGCAUCAUCUCCGUGUCAUCCUCUAUGGACAGUUAUGGGACGAGUGACAGCUGCUGGCUGUCACUGGGGAGCGGUGCCAUUUGGGCCUUUGUGGGCCCUGCCCUGCUUGUCAUUGUGGUCAACAUUGUCAUCCUGGUAGCUGUGACGAGGGUCAUCUCCCACGUCAGCACCGACAACUACAAGAUACAUGGGGACCCUAGUGCCUUCAAGUUGACAGCCAAGGCUGUUGCUGUGUUGCUACCCAUUCUGGGAACCUCAUGGGUGUUUGGAGUGCUUGCUGUCAGUGACCGGGCCCUGGUCUUCCAAUAUAUGUUUGCUGUGCUCAACUCCUUGCAGGGCCUUUUCAUCUUCCUUUUUCACUGUCUCCUAAACUCAGAGGUGAGAGCCGCCUUCAAGCACAAGACCAAGGUGUGGUCCCUCACGAGCAGCUCUGGCCGUACCACAAGCACGAAGCCCUUCAGUUCAGAUAUCGUCAACGGGACCCGGCCAGGCACGGCAUCUACAAAGUUAAGCCCAUGGGACAAGAGCAGCCAUUCUGCCCACCGUGUGGACCUAUCCGCUGUGUGAUCAGGGUGACUGCCACUCAAAACGAGUGCCUUCCCUGUAGCAGAGAAAAAUGCACACCCUGCCUCCAUCAUGGGUCCCUUUCCUUGCUGCCUCGGCCUGAGUUUACAGCCCCGACCUAUGCAGUACAGAGUGUUUCCCUAGCACUGCAAGUUGACUCAGGGGGGUGUGGCCAGCGAUGAUGUGACCCUUCUUCACUGAUGCGGUAGGCACUUCUGUUCUCUGUGGACCCCAGAGCACAAAGUAGUCCUUGGUGACACCUAAGUGUAAACCUCCCUUGUUACCCUGUGCACAGAGCACCGCACCAGCAAGGCUGUGGUAAAUGAGGCCUAAGGAUGCAGCCACAGGAGGGCAUAGCCUCAGCCUUGAUGGAGACUCGGAGUCCUGGGGGAUAUUUCAGCUCCUGUGUGUCUCCAAAGGGUCAACAGAGGUAGCUGGGUUAUGUGGGGGAAUGAGGACAGCACCAAUUGGAAUGUACAUCUUUAUGUAAAGGGCCACUAAUUGGGCCACCUCUCACCAGUUCUGGGGUCUCUGCCUUUGCCUGUCUGGAGUCACCCACUCUCCUGUGUAUGGAGUCUUGUGAAGACAGCCUAACGGAGCCACUGCUUAGGAACUGACUCAGCCUACUUCUUGCAAGCUGUGCCUUGCUGGACCUAAAGCCAGCCUUAGAAAGCCUUUUCAGACAUGAGCCUCUCUACUGUCCCUUGCCUCCUCCAGGGCCGAGACCCCCUGCUGGACAUCCACCUGCAUCAGAGUCUCCUGAUUUUCUGCUAGUGCAGCUACCCCUAUGGUCUGCUUUCUCGUGGCUUUGGCAUUACCACCUCUGUGUAAGAGCCAGUGAGGAACAAAACAGCUGGAUGUCCUUCAUGUCACACAUCAGACCAUCCACACCAUUAGUGACCGCACCAAGUCUCCACCACUAGGCAGGGUGGCCACUGGAGGUAUGACUUAGCUCUGGGAGGUGCAGUCACUGUGACAACCGCUUGUCAACAAGAUCCUCGUGUGGGUGGGGAUCACGGAGAAUAAUGGAACAGGCUGUGAAGGUCCAACUAGCCUAAGUUGUCUUAGGACAGGAACCUAAGUGUUUGUGACAUGCACAGCCCAGACGACCAGUCUGGCCCUGAUACUGGAAAAUCCUCACUUCCCAUGACAUCCCUGAGCUCCUACCUGCACCCCCCCCCCCCGCCCACUUUCUUGGCUUUAGAAUAUGUUUCCACUCAGUUCUAUGGAUCUUUUUGGCUUAAAUUGUUUUCUCUUCUUUUCUCCACUGUACAGAAAUGGAGCCAGGGCCUGGCAUAGCUAGGCAAGCACUCCACACUGAGCCACACCCCAGCCCCUAAGUGACAGCCCCCAUGCAGGCAUCUCUUCCAGAAGCCAUAAGGCUAUAGGACCCGACUUUGUGCUGUUCAAGCCAGGACUUAAAUCUAUCAGCCAACUGGGCCCCUGUGACUCUCCUGCAGCCCCUGUGGCCAAUGCAGGCUGAGGCCAUGCCGAGACUCUGUGCUCGGUGACAAGUCCCGUCUAUAGAAUGUGUGUGGUCACUGCUCAGCAUCUCACUACUCCUCAAACCAGACACCAGUGACCCAGGGUCCAACCUGCCCUGCUGAGCUCCCAGUAGUGAGAACACUGUAUCCCUUCCACGCGUACUGGGCUCCCACUGAUGCAUGGCAGGCCAGGGCUGGCUUUACUUCCCACGGAAUGCUCAGUUUCUGGCUUUUUGGUAAUACUCGCUCUUACGUAGCUGAUAUAUAGAGAGAAGUCAAGAGCAGACCCUGUCUCGGCUACCCGUUCCCAGUGAGUGAGAGCGUGCGGUUUAUUUAUAGACUACCGACUUUGGCUUCUGCAAUCAUUUAUUAUCUGUGUGUAAUUUGGCCCCACAUAAAUUAGAAAGAAUGGUGUGUGUGAGAAGUUACGGCAGAGGGGAGAUGAUGAGUUGCUGCUAUCGU